CGAUUGCGUGAGAUCCGCCAUGGAGCUCAGGCUCCGGGAACAGAGGAGAGGGACACAGCCACGGCAAGGAUCGGCAGCUUGAUCGCCUAUAUACCUCGAGCAUUUAAUGCCGAGGUGCUUUGUAUAAUCCUCCUCCCACACGCCCAUGUGGCCGCCGUGGCUCGGGCCUCUCCGCGCCGCCGCAUCUAUAUAUAUGGUCGGGGCAUGGCCCGAAGCCACCACACACUCCAUUGCCGCCGGUUGCACACAGCUACAGACCUAGAUCGUUGUAGGUCGCACAAAGUGCAACAGAUUAUACAUAGCUACUUAGCUAGACACCUGGAGCUUGGUUUAGCUGCUGCCGCCCACUUAUAGAUAGUAGCGCGAGCUUAGCUAGGUAGGUACGUGUAAUCGUGAUCAUGGCGUUAGUGCGGGAGCCGAUGACGUUGUACGACGGCGGCUUCGUAGACGAGGCGUCCACGUUCGACGCGCUGCUCGGCGGUGCCGACGCGUCGGCGCUGUUCGACUUCGGGGGCUACGGCUACGCCCACGACGUGCCGAAUAGCGCGAGCUGGGCGGGCGCGGGGCCGUCCAUGCUGGCGUUCGACCGGGCAGCGCAUGGCCACGGAGAACAGGCCGUGGCGGCGGUGGUUGCGGACGAGGAGGCGGACUGCGACGCGUGGAUCGACGCCAUGGAGGACGACCAGGCCGCGCCGGCGUCGUCCAGCAUAGGCUUUGACCCGGCCUCCGGCUGCUUCAGCCUCACGCAGAGGUCCGGCGGCGCGCGCCGGCCGUUCGGGCUGCUGUUCCCGAGCACGCCCAACGGCACGGGCUCGCCUGACGUCGCGGCGCCGGCGCGCCUCUCCACACAGAAACGGCCCUCUUCGGUGCGCAUGCAUGAUGCGGAGCCGCGGGCCGCUAAGAGGCAGUGCGUCGCGAGCAGGGAGACGAGCAAGCCGAAGCCGCCGGCGCCCACCACCACCCCGCCCAAGGACCCGCAAAGCCUCACGGCAAAGAACCGUCGGGAGAAGAUCAGCGAGCGGCUGCGGACGCUGCAGCAGCUGGUACCCAACGGCACCAAGGUCGACAUGGUCAUCAUGCUCGAGAAGGCCAUCAGCUACGUCAAGUUUCUGCAGAUGCAAGUCAAGGUGCUGGCGACGGACGAGUUCUGGCCGGUGCAAGGAGCCAUGGCGCCGGAGAUCUCCCAGGUGAAGGAGGCGCUCGACGCCAUCUUGUCGUCGACGCCGCCGUCGGAGAGGGGCCGACUGAACUGAACUGACCUGAAGCUAGCUAGCUAGAAAUAAAAUACUUAAUUAGCUUAUAAGCAAUAUUGUAGAAAUUAAUCUAUAACGAACCACCUCGUUCGAACAUAAAUAAGGAGGCACGCAUCUGCAAACGUACGUCCCUCAUGUUUAUCGUCAUCAGGAUGUAACCUUUUCUUUAUCAGGGGACCUAGCUAGGGCUACCCACAUGCCUAAUGUAGAAGAGGGGAGCCGUUUAAUCCUA